CUUUGUUUCGUGUACGUGAAUCUUGACGAAGACGGAAGUACGAAGGAGUGAAACCUCUUGAACACCUGCAAACACAUGACAACAACUAUGGCUACCUCUAGCUCGUUAGUGUAUUGUGAAGAGGAGCGAGAGGCCGAUAAAGCGGUUAUUGUCCGCUUUUCAAAUGGCUGCGUCAAAAAUGCAGAGAAACUGGAUUUUACGAUGUACAAGAACGCAGAUGAGAGUAACCCCAGAAAAAAAAGCAGACGGAUAUUGGUUGCUGAAUCAGACAGGCUGUCCUAUGUCGGAAAUAAUUUUGGAGCAGGGUCGUUAAAAUGCAACAGUCUUUGCAAAUAUUAUGUUGGAGUGCUGGACAAACAGACCAUGCAAAUGGAGGUGCACAGUGCUCAGCUCUUCAACAUGCAACCUCUUAUACCGGGAGAGGCAACAGAGGCAAAACCCCAAGAUACUACACAGACCUACAGAGACAAGGUUGACUCUUUGAUUGAGGCAUUUGGCACCAACAAACAGAAGAGAGCUCUGAGCUCUCGCAGACUGAAUCAGGUGGGCAGUGAUACUCUCCAUCAAGCAGUGGCUAAGGCUGCCAACAGUGUGAUUGACCAGAAGGGUCUGGAGGCUCUGCAACAGGAAGUGGCUGAGACAGAGUCCCAGGCAGACCUGGCUCUCCACCUGCCUCCCUGCAAUACAGACGCAGACAAACCUGAGAAUGUUUACCUAUUCGACGAUCUCCUGAGUCCAGUGGAGUUUGGGGCUUUGGAGCAGGCUGGUUCCAAGAUGGCAGCACUCACCCCUGAAGAGCUGCAGAAAAUGAAAGACGACGGCGGGUGCCUGUCUGUGGUGAAGCACCUGGAAAAUAUGCCAAGUGUAGGAGCACCCAGAGAGAAAAUGGCCUGCUGUGCCUUUUACCUUUCUCUGCUCCUCCAACUGGCGCGGCAGAGGAGCAUCACCCGCAAGUUUGGUCAGGAGGAAGGCUGUCCUCGCAUCAUUCAGAGCAAACUAUUCAAAACAUUUACAGUGGAGACUUUCAACAACGGCAGGGUCCAGAACAUGUUGUCGGCAUCAAUGCGUGCCAAAUUAGCGGCGUACUGCCUGGCUCUGCUGCUGCAUAUGGGUCACAUGUCUGCUGACCUCACAUUACUGCACCGUGACCUGGGAAUCACUGAGGCUAGGAUAAUUGAAGUUGCAAAAUCGAUGGGACUGACCAUAAGUAAGUCAGCCCGAGGGAAGGCUGAUGACGCCGAACUGCGAGAUGAACACAGACAUGCCUCGCUUGUUCUACCUCUGGUCAAAUACGAUCAGUUCAUGGAGAGAAGGAAACGCAAGAAAAUGCACUGAAGACCGCGAGAGGAAAAGAAUUGGAUAAAGAGAGGACUGUAAAAAAAAAAAAAAAAAAAAGGAAAUGCCACAAAAACGAGAACUGUUUAUUAAUGCAUUUGGUAAACAAAUAAAUGAUGACCUUUGAAUUAUA